UCAAACUAAUCGCUGUUGUUUUGUUUAUAAAUUACACAGAAUAAUUGCUUCUGUUGCAAGUGGACAACUAUUUGGUGUGCCAGUAACUAUUGAUGGAUUAUUACUCCAGCAGAUAGUCAAGUGCAAUACAAAUAUAUACGAAUUUAUAAAAGAAUUUGUUAAAUUGUGAUAUUGUUUGGUGUGCAGAAGAAAGAAUAUAUUUCAUAGAAGAACUUGGGUGUGCGAAAAACGAGCACCCGUAUCAAUAACCCGAAGCACCAGGGGAUUCGCCGGCUUUCCGCCCUCCUGGUUUCCUCCGCCAUCUCCUUCGAGCAAGCGAAGAGCAAAGCACACGAAAAGAUGCGGAGGUACAUUGCAUUCUUGGGGCUUAUCCUAACCCUAUGUGGACAGUUUAACCUGCUGCUGGCCGGGAAUAAACAUUCCUGCGAGAAAUUGCUCGCCGAACUUGGCGAUGCACAGAGCAAGUUCAUCUACUGCGCCACCACGAAAUCAGUGCCCGUGAAUUUGUGUGAGGGCUGCGUCGAUCUCUACCACAAUCUCACCAAGGAUUACGGAAACCUAAUUGCGAAUGACACCUGCGCCAAGCGUUAUUUGAACUCGGACAGGAUCAAUAUAGUGGCAAACACCCAAGGAAUCCUCACCAGCCUGUGGCAAAAGGCCAACUGCGAAAAUUGCUUCAGGGAUAAUUUUUGGAUUGUAUACAACGAUAGCUCAACACAGUUGCAAACUUGCUUGCAAUCUGCUAGUCCGGAUUUAGUUUGCUUCAAGUGCAAAAACGAUUACGUUAAUCUAAAUGACUUCUACCUUAGCAUGGAAAAGAAAGUCGGUGGAAGUGUGUGCUUUGAUCUGCAGGACAAUAUGAACCGCACUCGUCUGAAUUGGUCGAAAACGCUGAAAUGCUGUCAACGGGAGAUGAAGCUGACCAACUUCCUCAUCGCCGUUGGGGUAGUAGUCCUGCUGCCCAUUUUCACAUUCUAUAUCACGGCAAUUGUAGUGACCAGGCGGCGGGAGGCCAAUCAUGGCUUACUCAAUGAGCAGGAGCCUGAACUGGACGCGCCCUCCACGUCGACGCUUAUCACGGCUGCUGUGCUGUCCACUUCAGUAGAAGAUCCUGUUGCAAUCUCCGCCCGAACAGAAAAGAUCGCCAAUGUAUUCAGCGGAGCUGGACCUCACCUGUUGGACGAGUCCAGUAAUGAAGAAACUCCUCGUAGUAAAAAGGUUGCUCACACUCACCUGUUGGACUUGUCCAGUGAUGAAGAAGCUCCUAGAGGGAAAAAGGUUGCUCACAGUCGCGAAUCCGACUACUCCAGUGACGAUGAGCCUCUUGUAAAGCCCAAACGAGCGUAACAAGACCAGGUGGAGUGUCCAUUAGGAGAACCAUCGAUAUCAGCGUAAGAAGUAUGUUUUUAAAUUUAAACAAUCUAAGGAAGCAAAGCUCAACAAUUUGGAAUUUCAUUAGCUAAUAUGCCCUCUAAAACUAUAUAUUGCCUUGUGUCUAACCAAAAACAAAA